AUGUCUUUUGAGAGGGAAAAACUUGCAAUUGAAAAGGAAAGUAGGAAAGAAAAACUUAAGAUUGAUAAGGAAAGAAUGAUGAUUGAGAAGAAAAAAUUUGAGCGGGAAGAAAGGAGAUUUUGGAUGAAGCGUUCUCUUUUUCUCCGUAUUCAAUCUCAAGUAGAAGCUCAUGACUCUUACUUUGUCCAAAAAAGAAAUAGUGCUAACAAACUUGGUUUAUCUUCAUUACAAAAGAUAGCUGCACUUAGAAUGCUUGCGUAUGGAGUAUCGGGUGAUUUGAUAAAUGAAUAUGUGCGGAUUGGAGAAACUACAGCAUUAGAAAGUUUGAACAAAUUUGUUACUGCGGUAAUUGAUAUUUUCUCUGAAGAAUACUUGAGAAAGCCAAACAAAAAAGACAUUGCUAGACUGUUAGCUCACGACGAACGUCGAGAUUUUCCAGGUAUGUUAGGUUCAAUUGAUUACAUGCAUUGGAAGUGGAAAAAUUGUCCAUCUGCAUGGAAAGGUCAAUAUUGUGGUCAUAUUUAUGAGCCUACUAUUAUUUUAGAGGCAGUAGCAUCAUAUGAUCUUUGGAUAUGGCAUGCAUUUUUUGGAUUACCUGGGUCAAAUAAUGACAUUAAUGUGUUAGAACGAUCUCAUGUAUUUAAUGAACUUGCUGAAGAACGUGCUCCUACAAUACAUUACUCAAUUAAUGGUCAUGACUACACUAUGAGAUAUUACCUUGCUGAUGGCAUAUAUCCAAAAUGGGCAACAUUUGUGAAAACAAUCUCAUCUCCACAAGGACAGAAGUAUAAAUUAUUUGCAGCAGCCCAAGAGGCAUAUAGGAAGGAUGUUGAGCGUGUAUUUGGAGUGCUUCAAGCAGGUUUCGCAAUUGUCCGUGGACCUGCACGAUAUUUUCAUCUUGAAACACUCAAAAAGAUCAUGAAAGCGUGCAUAAUUCUCCAUAACAUGAUUGUUGAAGAUGAGCGGGAUGAUAAUGAAGUGAUAGAUUUGGAUUAUUGA